AUGGAAAACAAGAAUUCUCAAAGGAAAAGCUUAUUUGUCACGUGUCCUUUUAUUGACAUACAUCAGGUUAUCCGCUAUCGACUGUGGCAUCACAUUCAAAAGUGUCCUGCAAACCCGAACUGGGUUGCCCUAAAUUCUGCAACCCCAUCGGAGGUGGUAGCAGAAAAUAUUCCGCCUGCCAGCAAGUCGCCAGAGCCACAACCACAGCCAGUAAAGGAAGCAAAGGCCCCAGAGCAUCCCCCAAACUUUCCAGAAGUUGUGUGUGAAGAUUGGGAUGCAGAGCCGCCUGCAGCCCCGUUCGUUUUAAAAAAGCCCCGGAAAGAUUUUGGGGAAAUGGUCGUAGGCAUUAUUCGUUGCCAGUCGCGGGCAUUACGCCGACAUUUUCGCGAAAAUGAUAUCUUUAAAACGACGAAGGAAUAGAAAUCAAAUGACACAGAUGAUAGCUUUUGGUGCCCAUAAACAAGUAAAUAAUACACCGAUUACACCAAUUGGCCUCAGGUCUUCAAAU